AGGACUCGUCAGCUAAUGUGUGGCAGAGCCUUAAGAGACACUCAGGCAAAUGUCUGCAGACUACGGCUGACUGUACCUCCUGAGAACCCAGUGCCCGAGCCGAGUGAAAAUAAGGUUGAGAGAAGAGAGCAGCAUCGUGACCUGAGCAAUGGAGAAGCAACCAGGAAACUUCCUCAGGGUGUUGUCUAUGGUGUGGUGCGAAGAUCAGAUCAAAACCAGCAGAAAGAAAUGGUGGUGUAUGGGUGGACCACCAGUCAGCUGAAAGAAGAGAUGAACUACAUCAAAGACGUGAGAGCCACUUUGGAAAAAGUAAGAAAGAGAAUGUACGGAGAUUAUGAUGAAAUGAGACAGAAGAUCCGACAGCUUACCCAGGAACUGUCAGUUUCACAGGCAAAGCAGGACUAUCUGGAGAAUCACAUCCAAACCCAGUCGUCAGCCCUGGACAGUUUUAAUGCCAUGAACGCGGCGUUGGCGUCGGACUCCAUCAGCUUGCAGAAAACCCUCGUGGAUGUUACUUUGGAGAACAGCAACAUCAAGGAUCAGAUCAGAAAUCUGCAGCAGACGUACACAGCCUCCAUGGACAAGCUGCGGGAGAAGCAGAGGCAGUUAGAUGCGGCGCAGGUUGAAAACAAGCUGCUGAAAAUGAAGGUGGAAUCCUCCCAACAAGCCAACGCGGAGGUGAUGAGAGAGAUGACCCGGAAGCUCUACAGCCAGUACGAGGAGAAGCUGCAGGAGGAGCAGCGGCGGCACAGCGCGGAGAAGGAGGCCCUCCUGGAAGAAACCAAUAAUUUUCUGAAAGCCAUUGAGGAAGCCAAUAAAAAGAUGCAGGCGGCAGAGAUCAGUCUAGAGGAGAAGGACCAGAGGAUCGGGGAGCUGGACAGGCUGAUUGAGCGCAUGGAGAAGGAGCGCCAUCAACUUCAACUUCAACUCCUGGAGCAUGAAACAGAAAUGUCAGUGGAAAUAACCGAUUCUAACAAAGAAAGGUAUCAGCAGCUGGAGGAGGCGUCAGCCAGCCUCCGGGAGCGGAUCCGACAUCUAGAUGACAUGGUGCAUUGCCAGCAGAAGAAAGUCAAGCAGAUGGUUGAGGAGAUUGAAUCACUAAAGAAGAAGGUGCAGCAGAAACAACUCUUAAUAUUGCAGCUUUUAGAAAAGAUAUCUUUCUUAGAAGGAGAGAAUAAUGAACUACAAAGCAGGUUGGACUAUUUAAUAGAAACCCAGUCCAAGACUGAAGUGGAAACCAGAGAGGUUGGAGUGGGCUGUGAUCUUCUACCCAGCCAAACAGGUAGGACUCGUGAGAUUGCAAUGCCUUCCAGGAACUAUACCCCAUACACACGAGUCCUAGAGUUGACCACGAAGAAAACGCUGACCUAAGCACCUGGAGACGUGCACUUUUCACUGAUGGACAAAGGCCCUGGAACCCUGCAGCCUGAAGUCUGGAAAGGGUGACUGUUGCUUCCUCCUGUACACUGUUUUAAGUCCCAGUGGAAAUUGCUGAGGUUUUGCUCCACUUCUAAAACAUGAGGCAAAGUGGAGGUGGAGGGGGGAGGGCAGGAGAGAGAGGUUUCAAGGUUGUUUUUCAAACACCCAACCGGUGUAUGUGUGUACCCUGCUGUCCUGGGCUGGCGUUAACUUUCCAUGUAGACACUUGAGUGCUGGCAGGAGAAGUCUCUGUUUUCUGUUUUACUAGACUUCGGUUGGGAGGAAAAAGGGUAUUAACUUGAAAUUUCAUGCUAUUCAUGCCAGGAUCAUUUGUUACAGCAUGAAGGUUUUACUUACCCAUAAAAGUAUUAGAGGCAGUGUUUCUCUGCUACAGGGAAGCCUGUCUGUAGGAGCAUGGGCACCUGGGGAAAUGUGACCCCAGGAAGGAAGGGGCAGGUGCCGAGGACCCGUGCAGGGGCGUGGGAGCCUCGCUGGAGCCAGUCCUUGUGAGGGCAGACACGCUUCAUUCUGAUGUGCUAAUCCCUUGGUUUAAUUUGUGCCUUAUGCCUUUAUGGGGCCAGCUGAAAUCACUGUAUUUCUUCAACCUGUGAUUUACUUUUUCUUUCUCACUUUAAAUGAAAGAGAAUUUUGGAUGUUGUAGAAAUUUAAUCACUUAAUAUUUUCAGUAUCAAUUAGUGUUUUCGUUAAAAGAAUGAAUAAUUUGUUCAUGCAUGCUCUACUUUGAUAUUAUAACCUAUGUCACAUAUGUUUAAUAAAUGCCAUAUAUUUUGUUCUA